AGUGAUAUCGAAUAAAUUUAUAUUAGGAUGUUUCGCGCUCGGCAGUGCCGAUCUACCAUCCGCGAAUCAAAUUUUUGUAGAGUGGUGCCGUGAACGAUCGACGUUUUGAAAAUUUAAAUUCUUCGCGACAAUCAGCAGUACUCUAGAAAGCGUUUACUCGUCGAAGAAUGUCCGGCGAUGUGCAGCCAAGGAAACGGAAGGAAAAACGACGUAAGAAAGAUGAUGAAGAUACCGGUACCCCACCACCUACUUUGAUCAGCCCGACUGAUACUUCUGCCGAAAAUGUCACUAUUCACAUUUAUAAAGAAAGCAGCACAGGCGGACAUUGGUGUGCUCGAAUUAUAUUUUUUAUUUUAUUGGCUGUUCUUGCAGGAUUAAUUGGUAUAAUAAUCUUCGAACAUAGAGGAACUACAGAUGUUGAUACGCCGAUAGCUUCGUCACGUUGGGCAAGUAUAUUUGAAGGCUGGGUAGAUGAUUCAUCAUCCAAUCAUGGCGAACUAGAAGAAAAGCAUGAAGUUAACGAAGAAGCAGAGGAAGAAGAAGAGGAAGAGGGGGAGGAGGAGGAGGAUGAAGAGGGGAAAGAGGAGGAGGAGGAAGAAGAAGAAGAAGAGGAAGAAGAAGAGGAAGAAGAAGAGGAAAAAGACAGGGAAGUGGAUCAUGAUGAAAAAAAGUUAACAAGAGUUGAGAAAGAAGAAGAUGAUGGAAGUAUCGAACAAGAUAUAGAAGAAAAUGGCGAAGAAGAAGAAACACAAGAGGAGGAAGAGGAAGAGGAGGAAGAGGAUGACGACGACGACGAAGAAGAUAAGGAAGAGGUAGAGGAAGAAGAAAAAUGGCAAGAAGAAGAAGCAGAAAAGAAUAACGUAGAAGUUGAAGAUACAUCAGAUGAAGUUGAUGAUGCGCAACAAGAAUUUGACGCUGUUGGCAUAUUAGAAGAAGUUGACGAGACAGAUGAGAACGAAGAUGUAGAUGAGGAAAACAAUAUGAUUGAUAUGGAACUUGAUGAAUUUAGUACAGUUGAUAAUUCUGCAGAAGAGAAGAAUGAUGAUGUACCUGAAGAAUUCCCAAGUAUACCUGGCGUUAAUGAAAUCGAUGACAACAGUGCUGAACCUCUGGAAGAGAUAGAAGGUGAAGAAGUUGAAGAAGAAAAUUUAAAUGAUGCAGAAAGUGAAUCCGAAGAAGAAGAAGUUGAAGAACCUACUAGUGUGGCUGUGAAGUUUGGAGUUGGUGUUGCACUUGUUGUUGCUGCGCAUUUUGUUCUCGUUAGACGGUGGAACAACGUUGAUAUUGGUACUUUUCGUUCUCCGCAUGAUAUAACCAACAUACCUGAUCAAUCAAGAAGUGAAACAAUAAUUUCACCUUCUCACCUUAAGCAAGUAAUUAAGUCAAUUGAGAAAGUUGAAAAUAAAACACCUUUGCAAGUAAAAAAUAACGAAGAUUUAAGAUCCAAAUAUAAUAAGUUGCAAGAAGAAAAUAUUUCUUUAACCGAUUUAAUAAAACCGAUUCCACAAGAUGAAGUAAUACAAGUAAAAGAAAAAUUUCCAGCUCGAAGCACAAGUAAAGAAGAAACGAAUAUUAGACAUGAUCAAUCUAAGAUAUCAUCGGAGGAAGAAGAAGAAGAGGAAGAAGAUUAUGAAUUAGAAACAUCAGAAGGUGAACGUGUUUCUGGGGUAGAAGACGAUGGAGAACAGGUGAAAGAUAAAGCUGAACAAGAAUAUGAAGAAGAAGAUGAAGAAGAAGAAGAAGAAAUUGAAGAUGACGAGGAAAUCGAAAAUGUUGAUGAUUCCGAAUUAAUAGCUAAAUUGGACGCAAAAUAUGGAAAAUUACCUACCCCACAAGAUAGUGAAGUUGAAGAAGCAGAAGAAGAGGCGGAUGAGGAGGAGGAUGAAGAAGAGGAGGAAGAGGAAGAGGAGGAAGAAGAGGAGGAAGAGAUAGUGGAAGAGGAACAUGAUAAGAUGCCAAAUUGGAAACGUGUUAAAGAGUUAAAGAGCUCAAAUGUGGAACCUCAAACGAAAGGAUCCAUUCAACAGACAAGGAGCGAGAUUAAGCAAGUGGAUAAUAAACAACCUAAAGGUGGAGAAAAAGCUUAUGAUUUUAGUAAGAAUACAUCAAAUAUAGAUGAUACAAUCAUGUACGAAGAAAAUAAUUCUGAAGAAUACCAGAUUGAUAAAGAGUUUUACAGUUUUUAGAAUGUAUGUUCUUGCAAAAUAACUUUGAUAGACAUACCUGUUUUUUCUUCUUCUGACACAUCGCUACUGUUUUCUCGAUAUUAUAUUUAUAUCGUAAAUAUGCGAUGUGUGAAAU